GAGAAAGGAAUUCUUCAAUAAAGAUUAGGGUUUUAAAGUGACGCAACCUCUCUCUCCUUUUCUUCAGUUCGGUGGAGGGAGGGAGCCGUAGCAGCGGAAGCUCUAGCUUGGGUAGCGAAUCACAAUGGCGAGAGGAUUAAAGAAGCAUCUGAAGAGGCUUAAUGCCCCAAAGCAUUGGAUGCUUGACAAACUGGGUGGUGCAUUUGCUCCUAAGCCCUCAUCUGGACCACACAAAUCGAGGGAAUGCCUGCCACUCAUACUCAUUUUGCGAAACCGGCUGAAGUAUGCUCUGACAUACCGCGAAGUCAUUGCUAUUUUGAUGCAGCGACAUGUCCUUGUUGAUGGCAAAGUCAGGACUGACAAAACAUACCCUGCUGGUUUUAUGGAUGUUGUAUCAAUCCCUAAAACAAAUGAGAACUUCCGCCUGCUGUAUGACACCAAAGGUCGAUUCCGUCUCCACUCAGUCAGGGAUGAUGAGGCUAAGUUCAAGCUUUGCAAAGUUCGCUCAGUGCAGUUUGGGCAAAAGGGUAUCCCAUACUUGAACACCUACGACGGUCGCACUAUCCGCUACCCAGACCCUCUCAUCAGGGCUAAUGACACCAUUAAGCUGGAUUUGGAGGAGAACAAGAUUGUUGAUUUCAUCAAAUUUGAUGUUGGGAAUGUAGUCAUGGUGACGGGUGGAAGGAAUAGGGGUCGUGUUGGAGUGAUCAAGAACAGAGAGAAGCAUAAGGGAAGCUUUGAGACUAUCCAUGUUCAGGAUGCUACUGGGCAUGAAUUUGCAACUCGUAUGGGCAAUGUGUUCACCAUUGGCAAGGGAACAAAACCGUGGAUAUCUCUUCCCAAGGGUAAAGGUAUUAAGCUAUCAAUCAUUGAGGAAGCUAGGAAAAGGAUUGCCGCCCAACAAGCAACUGCUGCUUAAAUCUUUAGGAUAUGAAUAGACUUUGAGUGCUUGGUAGUUUUUAUUCAAUGUUUUUGGUUUGUAAUUUAAUUUGUCUUGAGAUUUUAUCCGUUGAAUUUUGUCUCUUAAAUGCACUAUAUAACUUUUAUCGCGUCUGCUAUAUUCAUGAAGGAAUCUUUCCAUUUCCUAGUUUUGAUGUAGUUUAGUUGGAUAAAAUUACUUAAGUCCCCACUCUAAGAUGUCUUAAUAAUAACUCUUGUUAAGGGACCGUGUUGCUAUUGAA